GGGGAAUCUUCGAGGGAAUUAUCUAAGUCCACCACAGCGAGGACAGAAAGUCGUCAUGCGAAGAAACUGCACUUGUAAACAUAAAAAAUCAAACAGUCUGAUGCGCCUGAUGCAUUCAUUAGAAAAAAGAACAACAUGAAGCUAUCGCCGAGUCUUUUUUCCCGUUUAAACCCUGGAAAGCCGCCAUGGAGAGUUUUAUUUUUUGGAACAGACAAAUUCGCUGUGCACCCUUUACAAAACUUACUCGAAAGAAUGCAAGAUGGCUCAUUGAUUGAAAACGUCGAGCUUGUCUGUCCCCCAGAGAGAAGGCGUGCCAUCAACAAGAAAGUCCAGAAUGAAAAUUUUAUAACAGCAAGAGAAUAUGCCAUUGAGGAAGGGAUUCCCAUCCAUGAGUGGAAGGGCAAAGAAGGAUGGGCUCCAGAGUACAGUCCUGAAGGGCCUUAUGACAUUGGAGUUGUUGCUUCUUUUGGAUACUUGAUUCCUAAUAAUGUUAUUGAUUUAUGUCCAAGUGGAAUGGUGAAUAUACACCCAUCUAUUCUGCCAAAGUGGAGAGGGGCGGCUCCAAUGACCCAUGCCAUCCUUAGUGGGGCAUCACACACUGGGGUAUCUAUUGUUGGGGUGUCUAGAGAUAGGUUUGACCAUGGAAAAAUAUUAUUGCAGGAAAACUACAAGAUUCGAGAUGAUAUCAUGUAUGAUGACCUGUCAGAUGAGCUUGCAAUCCUGGGCAGCAGAAUGAUGUUAUACACAAUUGAACACUGGGAUGAGCUUUGGAAAACUGCUAAAGUGCAGCCCAAGGAGGGGGCAUCAAAAGCUCCAAGAAACAGCAUUCAGACUGGAUUCAUAAGCUGGGAAGACCACACAUGGGAGCAGAUCUGGGGGAAGUGGAGGGCUCUAAGCACUAGGGUUGGAAUCCAUACUAGCUGGGGCGGCAAGAAAGUUAGACUUAUCAAGAUGUCUCCGGAAAAGAUAGAGGAUGACGUCGAGGAGAUACGUGAAGCUUUACCCGGCCAAACAAAAUAUGAUAAAGAGAGGGAAAUUCUCUUCAUCAAGUGCAAGGAUGAUUGGGCUGGCUUCACUGAGUUGCAGUUCGAGUGCAAGGACAUCAUCAAAGCAAGGGAUUUCGCCAACUCGUAUCUACUUCAGUCUAUCAAAAACUCAAAAGAUGGACGCACAUUUAAGGACUUGGAAGCUGCAAGUUGCUGACGAUUAGUUUAGAAUGGUUACAAAUUAUUCACGGUUUUAAGAUAUAACAAAAGAAUGGAUUGCCGAAUUGUACAUUUUGACUUCAACAUUUUCCGCUGGAACUAAGCACUCAUAAAUACCAAAGACGUCCUGAAAAAUUCAAUAGUUUCGCGUUGUUUAGACGCAAGCUCCAGGGUGAGGGGGAAUCUGAUACUGUAGAAGAGAGAUAGUGAUACUUUUCUAAACACACACUGAUACAUACUGUAUGAUACAUAAAAAAAUCUGAAAUAUUUACAAUUACUCUAUUUCACUCUGUACUUUACAGAAUAAACAGUAGCUUAAAACUAAA